CACACACUGACUGGUAUGUGUCCCUGCAGGAUAAAGGGGGGGGGCCAGGCAUGGGGGGCCAACCAGGAUGGAGUGGUGAACAGUCAGCCAGGGGCCCGUGUGGUGGACGAACGUGAACAGAUGGCCAUCAGUGGGGGGUUCAUCCGCAGGGUAACGGACGACGCCCGGGAGAAUGAGAUGGAUGAGAACCUGGAGCAGGUGGGCGGGAUCAUCGGUAACCUYCGUCACAUGGCCCUGGACAUGGGCAACGAGAUAGACACCCAGAACCGGCAGAUCGACAGGAUCAUGGACAAGGCUGAUUCUAACAAGACCAGGAUUGACGAAGCCAACCAGCGUGCCACAAAGAUGUUGGGCUAAGCUGGCCG